AUGGUUUCGUCAAGACUCUUUGCUGGCUUCGUUGCCCUUGCUUCCAUUCACGCUGCCAACGCUGGAGCAUGCCGUCCCAGGCCCAGCUCUACAAUCGUUUAUGGGACAGAUACCACUCUCACAACUGCUGAGACCUCAUUCCAAACUUCUAUUGAGGCUGAGACAUCCGCCACCACUCUUGACGAGACAACCACUCUUGAAGAAACCACGACCGCUGAGACCCCGUUCCAAACUUCAUUCGAGACUGAAACAUCCGCUAUUACUGCCGACGAGACUACUACUCUUGAAACCACGGCCGCAUUUACAACAGCCGAGACCUCAAUUGAGACAUCUUUCGUGACAGAGGAUGACUUGACCACCACUCUCGAGACCACCCAAAACCUCGACUUUACCACCGAUAUCACCUCUUUCAUCACUCUCACCGCUGAUCCAACCACCACUGAGGCUCCUUCCACUACUUCUCGUGCCCCGGUCCCCGCCGAUAUCUUUCCCUGCAUGUCGGAUUCGGAAUGCGAGGGUAAGAUGGUUGAGGUUUGUGACAGAAGUCGGUGCGGAUGCGUCGACGGCUUCUGCGGGGUUCUGCAAGUCUCUGUUAGCCUCCCAAUCAUUGGGGACUCUAUGACCCUUCCAGUCAUCGGAAACUAA